GCUACAACGAGUGCACUCAACCAUAUAUAUAGGCUAUCUUUUUCCUUUCCUGUGUUUAAGAUUUUUUGCACCUUUCCUCUCUUCAUCUCUCAUCUCUCUUCCUUCCCCCCUUGCGUCUUUUAUACCUCUUGUAUUUUCUACGCUCUCAUCACUUUGCAUUUUUCUUCUGUUAUUUUACUCUUCACUACAAUCUUCACUCUUCAAUUGAUAGUCUACUCUACAUUAUCCACCUCUACAUUAUCCACACCUUGCAAUCCACACUUGUCACAAUGUUUCCAGCAAAGAGAUUAAUAACCUCUUUAUCCUCGCAAUCUGCUUUGCUUUCUUCUUUUAUUGUCAAACCACAAAUAGCCUCUAGAUCAGUCAAACCUAUAAUACUCACACAAUUCAACCAAUUCAAAAGAAGUUACCAUCCAAAAGUCAUAGACCACUACCAAAACCCAAGAAACGUUGGUUCUCUAGACAAAAACUCCCCUAAUGUCGGUACUGGUCUAGUUGGUGCUCCAGCCUGUGGUGAUGUUAUGAGAUUGCAAAUUAAAGUCAGCGAUGACGGGAUUAUAGAGGAUGUCAAGUUCAAAACCUUUGGCUGUGGUUCUGCCAUAGCAAGCUCUAGUUUUGCAACUGAAUUGAUUCGUGGAAAAAAUAUCAACGACGCUUUGGAAAUUAAAAAUACCCUUAUUGCAAAGGAAUUAUCUUUACCCCCCGUCAAAUUACACUGUUCAAUGCUCGCCGAAGAUGCCAUUAAGAGUGCAGUAAAGGACUACAGAAACAAAAGAGCUAAAUUUAUCAAAAACCCAACCAUAGGUCCUGAUGCUGCCUCAAUUUAAAUUUAAUCUAUAAUUUACUAUCAAUAUUUUAUACUUUUAUUUCUUCCCUACUCUAGUUUUCUUUUUUUUUUUAUUUACACCACUGUUUCAUUUUGUUAUUAAGUUUUUUUUAUUAUCUUUUAUAUUAUACUUUUCAUUAUUCAUUAAGUUAUACAUAAAAUAAAUAUCUAAUUACUAUCAAUUACCUUCUCGUUUAUAUAUUCUCCCAAAUAUAAUUAGUUAUAAAAUAAUCGC